AUGUCCCCCAUCCCAGGUGAAGAUUCGGAAGCCUGCAUCACUUCAUCAAGUGAAGGUGCAAUGCUACUCUCAACUGCCGCAACAAGGCCACCACUCUCUUGUGCCAACGCCGCAGCACCUCUCAGUUGUGACGAUGUUGCGGCGCCUCUCCAUUGUGAUAACGCCCUCACACUUCAGCUCUCCUUACCCCCAUCCCAGAUGAACCCAUAG